CGUUAAAAACAGCUGUGAUUACCAAAACGCGUAUCGCCUAACAAUUUGCAAAAGUCUUGGCCAAAUGCCUUGGCUCUGGCCAGCGCUUGUAAAUUAGGAGCAGCAUGGACGGCCUGUGCGAGAGCGUGGUCAACAUACCCAAGGAGCUGAUACUCAUAUCGCUAGUGUCGCAGGAACAGGCUCUCUACAACCCCAAGCAUCAGCACUAUCGCAGCACGAAGAGCAAGGAUGAAAAAUGGUGCGAAAUAGGCAGUCAUGUGGGCUGGACGGAUACACAAUGCAAGGCCAAGUGGAAGGCGAUGAGGGACCAAUAUUGUCGCGAACUGAAACGCGCCAAAGCAAAUACCAAAAACAAUGUAAAGUGGAAGUAUUUUAAGGAAUUGGACUUUCUGCGUCCCUAUGCGCUGGCACGCAACUAUCGCUCACGCGGCUCGCAAGGCAGCAAUGGAGCUGUCCAAUUGACCAAUGCUGCAAGCAACAAUGCCAGCAGCAGCAGCAACAAUCACAACAACACAUCGUUCAGUAACAGCAGCAACAGCAGCCAGAACUUGAACUUGUCCGCUGAUCCCAGCAAGUUUUCAAAUAUUAAAAUCGAAGAGAGCAGCGGCUCCUUGCUGGACAACUGCACGUUUGUGCCCACGACAACAACGUCCACAAUAGCCACAGUGAAUGCGCUGAAUGUGGAAAAGAAAACGGACACAACGCGUGGCCUGCUCAACGCCUUUAUGGGCAGCGGCCAGCUCAUAGAGCAGCAGCAACAACAGCAGCAGCCACAGACCAAUUGGAAUUACUUGACCGAUGCCAAUAGCAGCGCUGUCAACAACACGGCCAUAACUGUAACAUGUGAAAUGCCCAAUACCACGACAGGUGAUACGCUCUAUAAUGAUUUUGUUGAUUGUGUAAAUGCUGCCAGCGCUGUGAGUCAGUCCAAUGCGCAGUCACAUGGCAAUCAUGCCGAUGAGGAGGAUGAUGAUCCCAUACACACAUUUCUCAACAUGGAAAGCUACUUUGAGAAGGAGCUCAUCUCGCUGAUACAGCAGGAGGACAUGAUCUACAACUAUAGCAAUCAAAACUAUCGCAAUGUAAAGCUGAAGCUAGCGGUCUGGGAUGAAAUAGCGCGCAAACUGAAGAAGCCGGUAAAGCAGUGCAGGCAAAAAUGGAAGGCGCUGCGGGAUCAAUAUGCACGCGAGUACAAGCGACUAAAGACGCAGCUGCACAUCGAUGCCACAUCGCGCUGGAAGCACUACGAUUCAUUGAGCUUCUUGCAAAAGUACAUACAACAAAAGACGCUCAGCGAUGGCGAUGCAUUGAAUAUGUUGCUGCCCAAGCACGAUGCAGGCUGUGAACUGGAUGAGCAUAUGACGCAGAGCCAUGCGGAGCCACAAGCGAACAGCUUGUCAACAUCGCCCAAUAGCUUACCCAGUCUGCCGCCCUUAAGCGCGCCACACAAGGCUGAGCUGGCAAGCUUGCCGGAUCAGCAGCAGCAGCAGCAGCAGCAGACGCCACAGGCCAGUGAGCUGUGUGUGGCUAGCUACGAUGAAAUGGAUAUAGAAAACUAUAUCAAUGGCGAUGCAGCGCAGGAUGACGACACUGAAGAAGAUGAGGACGAAGACAUGCAGGACACAAGCACAACAGAGCAGCCAACGCAACAUCAACAGCAACCACAACAUGCUGUAAGCUUUCAAACAGCUGAGGAGCCUGUCUAUAGCGCUGUGCCCACGCUGGCCAAAGUGGAGGCGCCUACAAACAGCAGCAGCAACUUGGAGCCGCCACAGCAGCAGCAGCAGCAUCAACAACUGCAAGCUAGCACUGACUUUAUACAAAAGCUGGAGGUGCACACGCCCACAUCGACAGGCGCACGUUAUCAUAGUGUUAACAGCGCUGCAACUGCCACGCCCUCCACAUCCAAUCAUGCGCUGUUUACGCAAAAUGCCAGCUCCAUGGCGGAAGAGGAUGAAAUCGAUUUCUUUUUCAAUUCGGUGGCCAUGAAGAUACGCAAUGCACAGCUCGAGCCUGUGGCCUUUACGGAUCUGCAGAUUCACAUUUUGCGUGUUAUCAACGAAGCGCUGCGCAAUCACUAGCCAUAGCUAAAGAUCUCCCUAACCCAAUGCCCAAAUAUCCAGCUAACUAAAAAAAGGUUUCCAUGCAUGCUUUGGGAUUUACACACACAACAAACAAACAAACACACACACACACACAAACACACGUAAGCAAACAAACAUUUGUAUAAAAUUAUGCUAUUGUAUUGUAUAUAUUUAAAUGGGACGCUGUGUCCUAACGAUCAGUUGUUUAGCUUUUAGGCUGCUUCCGGUGCAGACAAACCGGAACUAAAACACAAAAAAUUGUUGCAUGUCUUGAUAGCAGGUUUAUGUGUAAACGAAAACGACUACAAACUAAGCUUAAAGAAAAUCACAACAACAGCAAAUUGCAUAAAUAUAUGUUUUUCAAAUUU